AUGUCAUACAACUAUAAUACUUAUUAUUCUAAUGAGAAUGAUCUAAACUAUCAACCUUCAAAUUAUCAUAAUUACAUACAUGUUAACAAUAAUACUAGGAACAGUACUCCACAGCAAGAGUACAACGCCCCACAGCAAAACUACAAUCCAGAAGCAUAUAAUGAUAUACCGCAUCAAAAUAAUCCAGAGGGAUAUAAUAACAAUCGAAGACGCCAAUAUAUUCCAUCAAACCCAUAUAGAACUAGCAUAGACUUUCAAAAUGAGAUCCAACAAAAUAAUCCAUCCGACCAAAAUGAAAAUUAUCCAUACAUAAGGCAUGACAACUACGACGAGGAAAAUGAUUUAAGCAAUAGCGUAAUUAACACAUAUCUAAGAAAUGAUGAUAGUUUUGAAUUCGAAAAUAGUGAUGAUGAUGAUCUUGACAAUCAAAGUUUGGCUACUGCAGAUAAACUAAAGAUAAAAUCACAGAUUCACAAUUUGUCAUCGUACACACUGUCAUCUAAUGCUUCAUCAGUUGAAACUAUGGUUUCACAAAGGGAUGUAACUCAUCACAGUUAUAAUACACUAUCAAACGCUCCAAUAAGAAGAGAUACCGUCACAAGGAAAUUUCAGUUACAAAAUGGUAAUUUUGUAUUUGACUCACCUAUUAGUCCAUCAUUGUUAAUACGUUACAAUGAUGCAGCUGCUAAACGUCAAUAUGCUUUAACCAAUGAAUUCAAAUUUAUGAGAUACCAAGCUAUAACCUGUGAACCAAAUGAACUUUUACAGGAGAAUUUUUCAGUAAGACAAUUACAGUACAUGGUUCCUAGAGAAACAGAAUUGUUAAUAACUGUCACAAUGUAUAAUGAAGAUCAUAUUUUAUUGGCGAGAACAUUAAGAGGUGUUAUGAAAAAUAUCAAACAUAUGAUCAAGAGAACAAAUUCAAGUGUUUGGGGUCCUGAGGCAUGGAAAAAAAUCGUUGUUUGUGUUGUCUCUGAUGGGAGAUCAAAAAUUAAUGAAAAAGCAUUAUCCUUAUUGAGUUCAUUGGGUUGUUAUCAAGAUGGGUUCGCUAAGAAAACCAUCAAUAAUAAAAAUGUUAAUACACAUGUUUAUGAACACACGACCUUAAUGAAUAUUACAGAUAUUAAUGAACAAACUGGAAUGAUUAAUAUUGAAUGUGAUGAAAAUACAGUCCCAAUUCAAUUAUUAUUCUGUUUGAAAGAGAAAAACCAAAAGAAGAUAAACUCACAUAGAUGGGUAUUUGAAGGGUUUUCUGAAUUAUUACAGCCACAUAUUAUUACUUUAUUAGAUUGCGGUACCAUGCCCGGCAAUGAGUCGAUAUAUAAUUUAUGGAAGGAGUUUAAGAAUCCUCAAGUAGGAGGUGCAUGUGGUGAAAUCAAGACUGAUAUUGGUAAAUAUGGUAAGAAUCUUUUAAACCCAUUGGUUGCAUCUCAAAAUUUUGAAUACAAGAUGUCCAAUAUUCUCGAUAAAACCACCGAAUCGAAUUUUGGAUUUAUUUCUGUCUUACCAGGUGCAUUUUCCGCUUAUCGUUUUGAAGCUUUACGAGGUGAGCCAUUAACGAAAUAUUUUCUAGGUGAAUAUAUGGAGGCUGAUCAAAGUGCAUUUCAUUUCUUCAGCUCUAAUAUGUAUUUGGCAGAAGAUCGUAUCUUAUGUUUUGAGAUUGUAAUGAAGAAGAAUGCCAAUUGGAUUUUGAAAUAUUGUAAAAAUUCAUUUGCGACAACUGAUGUACCUACUUCAGUAUCUGAAUUUAUCAUGCAAAGAAGACGUUGGUUGAAUGGUUCCUUUUUUGCAUCGAUUUAUUCAUUAUCUCAUUUUGGAAGGAUCUGGACCAGUGGCCAUUCUCUUUUCCGUAAAUUCUUUUUACAGAUAGAAUUUAUCUAUAUUCUUAUCAACACCGUCCUAUCGUGGUUUGCAUUAAGUUCAUUUUUCCUAGUCUUCAGGAUCCUAUGUCUAUCGGUUGCAUUAUCCUAUUCCACCGUGUUCAAUGUUCUAAGUGUUGUAUUCUUUUGGUUAUAUGGUAUUUGCGUCGCAUCCACUUUUAUCCUGUCAUUAGGUAAUAAACCUAAAAGUAGUCGACUAUUCUAUAUGGUGACAAUUAUAUUCUUUGCGGUUGUGAUGUUGUAUAUGAUUGCUAUUAGUUGUUUCCUUACCGUGAAAUCUGUCGAGGUGUUUAUUGCCAGUGAACAAGAACAUGAUUACUCCACAUUAUCUGAAAAGAUUGAAGAAUUUUUUGUUGAUGACAAUUUCAGAAAUCUCGUUAUCUCAAUCGGAUCUACAUACGCAUUGUACAUUAUCAGUUCCUUAUUGUAUAUGCAGCCGAUGCAUAUGUUGACCAGUUUCGCACAAUACGUUCUUUUGAGUCCCUCUUACAUCAAUGUAUUGAAUAUUUACGCGUUCUGCAACCUGCAUGAUAUUUCAUGGGGUACGAAGAGCAGUGGAGAUGAGAAGGAGAACAACAAUGUGGCGGACCUCGUCAAUGGUGUUAUCAAGAGCGGUAGUAACGGUGAAUUCGAAUUAGAAGUGUUAAUAAAACCGACUGAGAUUCAAGAGAAUUACGAUAAGCGUUUAUCGAACCUUUAUGCGGUUGCAGAGAAAGAUGACGGGACUACAUCAGAGGCGCCGGUGACUUUGUCAUACGAGGAGAGAAAACUUGGAUACAACAGUAGUGUGAGAUCUUUGUUGAUCAUUCUAUGGCUAAUAAGUAACUUCGUGGUGGUGACGAUUGUAUUGGAGAGUGGUGGUAUCAUCGAUUACAUACUGACUCAAGGUUACAAGGAUUCCAGUAGCGAUGUGAAUGUUGCUCAUGUAGUGUUGCCUACACAAACGAAAUACUACUUCAAUGUGCUACUAUGGUUAGUAGCCUUCAAUGCGGUGAUUCGAUUCUUUGGAUGUGUUUAUUACCUGGUGUGUCUUCCACUUAAGAAGCUUAACUAUGAGAAGCGCGAGCGCGCCCUAGUAUAG